ACUGGGAGACCGCCACUGACUAUUUCUCAAUUCAUGUAUUACAUUAAUGAACGCUUUUACGGACACUGUGUAACGCCACUGUAAGUGUUGAGUGUAUUUUGUUUCAACCUUUGGUGAAAGUUAGCAAUUAAAUGCGAUUUUGUUUAAGCGUGAUAAAACCUUUUUAGGAUGAAUACCAACCUAAGUAUUUCCGCUUUCUUUAAAAUAAAAAAAUAGCUACCGGAUUAUGUGCACAAGAUGACCCAGUCAGACCUUUGAAGGCUGUGGUAUCGAGAGCAGGCGUGUAAAUGUACCACAGUAAAGAAAACUGUGGUACCUGUUUUGUACGUACCAAACAGAGGUUAUUGGAUUUGGUUGCUUGAACUAUGUAAAUGAAAUUUUUUAUUUUUAAUUUUAGUCAAUCAUUCAUUUCAAUGAAAGUUACAUUUAUUAGUUUGAACGUAAUCUACGGUUUAUAGGUGAAAAAGCUGUCCGUGCUUACUACAUUAAAGCAGCAUUACUUCCCUAACGAUAAGCUAUGUUUGCCAGCCAGAGGUUAGACUGUUCACAGUCCCCUAUAUUUUCGUGAGAUCGUCGAGCUAUAGCGUGUCUUACCGUUAAUGGCGGCCAUCUUGAUUUUCAAAUGUACCAAGGGGACGGGCGUCGGGGAUUAUAGCUCUAGGGUACUGGGGGCGAGAAAAAGCGCUCCAUCUCGACGAUCUUACGGGAAAGUAGAGAACUGUGAACAGUCUAGCCUGAAGCCUUUGAUUUGUUGUUAAGGCAAGUAAAUAUAAUGACGGACUUUGUGGACGCGGAGAUUUUCCUAAUCGAUGGCGAUUCCUUGCUCCUGGACCUUCUUGGUGAGAGGAGCUUGGACUGGAGUAAUGGCGGGCAGUUUCUCCAUCUGGCAUAUCUAGUGGAACGAUUUUUACAGUAUUUUACAGAUAAAGGUUAGUCUAGUUACAUAAUAUCGUAAAUAGGACUAUUUGGCUUUAAACGAAAAGAGAGAAUAACAAAAGAAAUGAAAUCUAUUCUUUCUUACUGCCGGUGUUUUCCUCGGUUUAGGUAAUUGAUGAAUUCAUUCAGGUAGUCAGUAGAUAAUAGUUUUGUACUUUAUAUCUGGUCCUUGGUGGAAAAGCCCCCUAACAUACUUCGCUUUGUUCCAAACGGCUUUGGAAAAAGGAAGAAACUGUCAUCUUUAAGAUUUUGUUUAUGAAGAGCGGUGAUUAUAAUUAGGUAGAGACACCAUAACAUUAUCGAGGUGCCUGUCUUUAAACGAUGCCCACCUAAACAUUGUCUUCGGCAAUUGAGUGCCUUUGCAAAAUGAUUGCAAUAUUGGUGCACUACGACCAAUGGGUAAUUCUGAAAUAAAAGAUUAACAGCUGGUGUUCUCUAAGCACGCUGUAUGGGGGUUACAAAGCAAUGAGCCACGUUUUGCACAUUGUAAUUUUGAGGGGAUCUCGUAUGCCUUGCUAUAAAUAACAAUCUAUUCAACAGAACUGACAUAUUUCUAAACCAGUUUACUUUAUUUAGGGGGCGUUUUCCACAUAGUGUUUUUAAAAGAAAUGGAAAUUAUCUGGAACAGCCAGCCGUCCAUGCUGUUAGCACGCCAAGCCCUUAUUUUGCACCUUAAGUACAAUACAACUUUCACCGUUGUCACUUCAAUCGAUCACUUUUUUGGAAAGCAGUGGAGAGAUUAUGUUAAUAGCAAAAUUCCCGCAUUUCUGGUGCUGACAGACGCAGAAAAUAUUCCUUGGGAAUCUGGAGAGAAAACUCGUCAAGGAUUGCAGUUUUUGUUGAGAAGUCUUCUUUUUCACAGUCUCGGCGAGGGUUUAAACUGUGUAUUUAUUUCUGGUAUUGAAAUGACUGCAACUAAAGUGAUGGGAUAUUAUAUGGAGUCUUUACCAGCUCAUAGAUUACGCUUCAGAAAGGUAGGGCCUGUUCAGAUUCAAUAGUAUGCAAACUCUAGAGCUUAAAAUUGAUCUUCAACCUACAAAUUUAAUGAAAUAAAAUCAGUUCAGUUCCAAUUGCUCAGAAUCUGGACUUGAGAUCACGCCAUAUGGUGACUAUCGGGAAUACAACGAAUAACUAGCUAGUCCCACCACCGAAAUUUCUCGUCUUACGUAUUCCAUUUUCGUGAAGGCUAGACUCCCGAAUUAAAGUCGUUUCUAAAACAAGGCAUUGUAACAAAGUACCUAAGAUACUUUCAAAGGGUCAAAGAUCCACUUCCUCCAAGAGAAAGAAAUUUAACAGGGGCACCCAACGAGGAUACAGUUCAAAACCACUUAACAUAGUAAUGUUGAUCGUGUUUUAGUAUUUAAACGGUAGAUAUAGGCAUAUUUUCAUCCCCUAAAAACUUUUCAGCUGUUCGGAUUUCCUAGCUGAAAGUCUAGUGAUCCGAAAAUUGUAGGGAUAAAAACUUACCGUCUCGAAAAUUUCAGCCAGGAAAAGGCUCCCGAAAAUUCUUGGUGGCCUUUUUUAGGGUCAAAAUCCGUUAAAAAUGGGUAAUUAUACCAUUUUGUAGAUGUUCGAAAAUCCUAGGAGAGGCAGGCAAGCAAGAAAUUUUGCAACAAAUGUUCCGAAAAUUCUAGAUGUCAAAUCGUAUUCCGAGCAGAUAUUUUCCGAAAAUUGUCGUUGGGUGCCCCUGAUUUAAAAAAAAUUCCUUGGAAAAUGGCGGGCCGAAAAACACUUCAGAUUCAAACUAGCCUGCAUCACAGCCGCUUUAUGAACCACGCUGGGCGAACGAAGCUUUUUGCGCGAAGCACCAGACAAGCUCGUCAUCCAGGCUAAUUCCCGGUGCUAAUUCAAACAGUCGGGCCAAGUUUUAAAAUAAUCGCUAGAGACGUCUAUGACUUUGUUUUGAUAAGAGUGCUCUUGUUUUUGUAGUUUUCCAAGACUUGCUGGAAAGCAUGGUGUGCUGUAAUGAGUUAUUUUCGUAAAGAAGCGUCUAGUGAUGACCAACAGGCUCCAGGAACCUCUCUAGUAACACAGGUAUUGAUUACCAAAUGAGGACCUGGUGACUUUAUAAAAAGGGGGUCACAAGGUCACAAUCAGGCUUGGAUCCACAACGGUUUCCACCGUUUUACGGAAAUCGGUCAGAUUUUUCAUAACAAGUAUAUUUUUAAUCAUAAAAAGCUUUCCCAGUUGAAAUCAUGCUCCAUAUAUCCAACAUACAAUAUGGAAAUUAACCUUUAUGAAUUAAUCCGCCGAUUUGCAUGGCUUCACCCGAGAAGAACGGAACUGGCCAAUAUCCUGUCUGAAUGGCUUAGAAACCCAGGAAAGGGGACUUUAGGGAGUGGCGCAUACCCCGAACCCCCCAAGAAGCUUGCACCUUCGACCCUCGUUUAGGAAAUCGGUCAGUAUUAAUCCUAGAUCCGCGCCUGACAAUGGUCAAUUUGUCUAACCAUGUUCAGCGACAAUUGUUAGGAUCGUUUCAUAUCCUAAUGUUCGACGGCGGAGAUCUGACAAGCAAUGACUACAGUAAUCAUGGAAAUAAAAUCAACUGAAAUUGAUAAUGUUAAGUUUUGCGACACUAUCUAAUUGCGAAAACGUCCUAUAAAACUGGCUAUAUCAAUUAAGGCAAGGCAGAAGGAUAAAAGUUAAAAUGCUUAACCUUUUGCGCACGUAAUAACUAUGUAAAGUAUAAUUGUUUCGGCUUCCACAUGUACAAGAACUAACAAAGCCGCAAAGCAUAAAAGAUCAUUGUAUAUUAUAACGGGAACUAUGUUCUGAUUUACAUUGCAGUUUGAUCUGAAAGAGAAAGUAAAAUCUGCUCUUCAGUCUCCAAAUAAGAGAGGGUGCCGUGAGCUAGCAACCGUUCUUGGUUGUGAAAUGCUCCUGACUAAAAUUCUGAAUGACUCUAAUGUCAGCAAGGUACCUGAUGUUGUAUAUCAAUCAACUUAUUGAAAUACCUUAAAAAUGGACGCUAUAAACUGACAACGAAAUCAUGGCCGCGAUGCGCUUUGUUAUUGUUAAAGUACAUGCCAACUCUGACUACGGACGUGAAUCGCUAAGGUGAACGGACGUUCCUAUUUUUAACGUGUCAUUCCGCAAAUUUCAUUUUACUUAUUUCUUUCUGACUGGGGAGCCCAGGCUUCAUAAGUCUUUUAGUUUCUUCUGGGCUCCCUUGUCAACUCAUAAUUCCUAUAUAUAUUCCUGUACUGUAAAAUAUAUUUUGGCUAAAUAAAUGGACUGAAUUGAACUGAAAAAUCUUAGUUAAUUAUGUAAGAGAAAGUGGAGCCGUUAACCCUAGCGACUGAUCUACCAGCUCGUUUUAGGCUUUAAUAAAUUUGAGAUCUUGUGGGUUAAAACUGUUAACAUUAAUUUUUUGUGACCAUAGGAAUCAGCGAAAACUGCAGAAGGCAGAAUCAAGCUUUUUCUGCUUCACUCCUUACUACUGAGUAGACUGCCAUUGAAGUAUAGAGCACAUACUUUAAAAGGCCACUUGUUGACUAAGUUCUGCGAGGAAAAGGAUGAUCAGUUUAAGUAUAACUUUGACAAGGUAACUAUGACAAAAAGGUUAAGAAUACUUUAGCUGUAAAGAAAGCUUAUUACGACUCUGGUGAAGAAAGGGCGAUUCUCAUGUGAUGUUUGAUAAAUGGCCUUUUUUGUUGCAAUCAUAUACAUGGUAUAAAUUCGCCACAUUGCAAAGCAAGCAACAAAGUGGGAAGAGGAACAAAGGCUCACUUCAGGGUAGGAUUUGAACUUGGGUUCUCCAGAGUCCGACGCUUUUACUACUUGUUAUGCUGCCUAAGGAGGAUUGUUGAACGUCUUUGUACUUUUUAUUUUCCUGACAGAUGCACAAAUCCCUGUGGGAGAUUUUAAAGGUCAUACAGGAUGAGUACCCCUCCAUACUUGCAACGGGCCAUUUACUUGACAUGACUUCAGUGGCUGAUCUAAUGGACAGUCGACUUCUUCAUACUCUCUUUUCCCUGACCUUAGCAUUGGAGGGAAUGAAAGGUUCAAAUAAAACAAGUUAUCCCUUCCGUUUUUAAUUCUUACUGUUGUUUUCCCUAUUCGUCGUCCUUACGUACCUAUUUUACCUAUCUGCAAUUUACCUUAGCUGUUAGCUUACCGAAAGAUGUCAUAGAAGAAGCGGAAAUAGCAUGGGGCAUAGUUGUUGCUGAUUUGAAAACUACCUGCACUCAACACUCUGAUGUUUUGGCCACUCAGUUUCUUCCUUUUUCGGCUGAAAUUGGGAGAGAAUUUCGUACAGUUAAAGGUGAGAGCAGUUUUUGAUGGAUCACUAAGCUUAGGUAAUUUCAGCUAUCUAAAGCUAACUAAUACUCAACCUUUCAAUCCCUCGAGUAGUAUAGUGCGCACUGGUUAGUCCUUCUUCUUGGGGUGGUGAAAGAGUUUCGUUAGUCUAGGGAGAAACCACUGACAUGGGUGAUGUCGUAGCUUGUUGCCUGAUUAAUGGGCCGUUCCCUAGUUACCCCAAGUCCCUGUUUCAAAGCUAGGCUAAGUGCUAAGCCAUUGAUUUGAGAACGAUUUUUUAUUCCCGGCCAAAUAAUACUCGUUUUCACAAGAAAGAAUUUGCACUUGGCCUCGAUUUGAAAGUGAGGGUUUUUGGAACCCGGAAAUGGCUUAUUCGAUUCUCGUUUCAUCAGUAGUUUAUGUCAAUGAGGGACGAAGACAUAAAACUAGCUGUUAAUACUAAACACAAGGUUGUAUUGUGAAGCGUUUAUUUCAAUGAAUCUUCUACACAAUAUGGAAAGGAGUUCUAUUUGUUAAUUUCCUUGUUAAAGUACUUACUCUAGCUCUAAAAAAGGGGCUUAUGAAAGACAACACGAGAGGGCUCAUUGAUGAGGUCAUAUCACGUAUUUUCUAUAUGUUUCUCAGAGUGGAUUCCGUUUCGGCAUGCACGUGUAGCCGUCGCAUUUGCCGACUGGAAUUUUUCAUUGUUUCCAAUCAAAAUUUCAGCCGGCAAAUGCGACGGCCACAAGCGUAUGCUGCAUGCUGCAUAUGAAUCGACCCUUGAAAAGCAUUAAAACUUAUAGCCUGCGAAUACUUACUCUUAGAGUAAACACGUUUUAGUUGAAGAACUCUGCCAUAGUUCAACUCUUGACCACCACACCUUUAAGGAAAGCUCAGCUGGCACCUUAUAUAUCAAAAAGUCUCAUUUUGUAACGUUUUGUGUCAUUUCAUUCCUUUUUAGAAGCUUGUGCCGAUUCAGAAACCUGCGUAAAACUAACACGUCUUCUUGAGAUGGAAAAUUCUCUUGUAAGUGAGUACGCUGGUGACAUGCGGUCAAAGAUAAACGAAAUAGCUGGGUAGGUGUAACGGCGAUUUAAGACUCGUUGAGUCAUUUAAGACUUUGCAAACGUACUAUUAUCUGUUAACUACCGCAUGCGAUGGUUGCUAAGGAGUAUUUUCCCUGGUAUUUUUCAGAGAAGAAAUAGACGACACAGUGUUUUACGAAGGUCGUGCGUUUGAUGAACUCUACCACUGGCACUCGCUAAAACCUCUUUCAGAUGAUUGUGAAAGAACUAAAGGUGACAUCAAAGGUAAGUAUUGAGGUGGAAAUCUGCAAAAAAGAGCGUAUCUCAGUACAGAAAUGAACUGAAGGGGUUUCUCUUUGAUGUAAAAACAGUUAGUACGUAUCGGUGUAAAAGCAAGGCGUGGCAUACCAUGGAUAAUAGUUCUUUUUAUCAUCCGUGGGUAUAACGAUUCUCGGCUUCAAUUUUCAAUCAUCUACUUUACUGUAAACAAUGUAGAAACAACACUUGUCUUUCCUAAGACUAUUAAGAGCUAUUUCCAAGAGUUCCGCCCUCAAACCUGUGAAAAGAAUCAGAAUCUUAGAAACUUGCAUAUUAUUCGCUUUUGUGGUGGAAUUAGUUUGAUUUAAACAAGUUCUCAUAAAACCAGAAUAUUUCCAGAUAACUGUCAUGACCAUCUCUGCAUUUACUAAAUUUCUUCAUUUCGCAGUUCAAAUAUAUGGAAUCCAUAUAUUCAUCAUUUCAUUUUCAACUUUCCCAGGUGUAUUAUGAACCAAUUUAAUGACAAGCUCCCACUUCGCAUUCUACACAAUUCAUUAUAGCGCUGCGCCGGUAUCGCAGAGGUCAGGGUUCCUAGCUAGCCUGAAUUUUUUCAGGCCUCCAUUUCUCAACUGUAUAAGUUAUGUAUUUAACUUUGAUGAUCAUUUCAGCAUUUAUUUCUUCAUCAUGCAGUCCAAAUAUAUGGUAUUCAUAAAUUCAUUAUUUCAUCAUAUUAAAUACGUUGUGUUAAACCACACACAUUUUACACUUACUUCUUGAGAAUACCUGUUGGACUUACGCCUUACCUGUUAUGUCUGAAUUGUGACCAGAAAAACUUCCAGACGAUCGAAAGGCACGAUUUUGGUAUUACAAAAGAAAACAGCAAUAUGCGCGUUAUCACCGACUUUAUGGAGAUUCACUUUCUGGUGGUGUUGACCGUGCGAAAAUAAUCACAGUGACGGAAACUGAGAAUAAGAAGAAAAAAGGAAAGGACAAAAAGGGAAAAGUGGUAAGUUGCGAGAUAAACCAUAAACUGCACCUAUAUUUUUAAAACAAUUUAAUGAAUAUUCGAAAGUCUUUAAAUGGUUGCAGGCGGUAAGAGGUGUUGCUAUAAAAGGUAAAUUACCACCUAAUGUGGAGAACUCUUACAGUACUGUAGCAGCUGCUUACAAGGUGUGUUUCCCUGGUUACAGGAAACAAAAAUACAGCAUUAUUUCCACUGCUUCACGGUUAAGGUUGUAAACCAAUUGGCUACACUGAUGGAGAAUCUUUGUUUUCGUCUCCUUUUUCAGAGCUCGAAAGCAGCAAAAAUCAUUGAAGAGAAUAAGAGAAAGCGUAGAGGUAUGUGCUUGGGGCAAAGCAAUUUAAGUAAAUUGGCCAGCCGGAUGGUGCAGUGGACAUGAAAAAAUGUACUGAAAAGAGUGUGAUGCAUGUGCAGAGCUUUUUUUGUGUUCAUAAAACCAGUUGUUUUUUGACGCUGUCGUUAUCGUCGUAUUACUCCACAAAAGAUAUAGAGUCUCGUAUUCUCCUAAAGUGUCCCACGUGGGUUAUUUCGCCGGUACACCAGUGGAAAGGGCGGUCUGUUACUCCGCUUAAGUCUGUUAAGGUUUGUUAAUGUUCAUGUAGCCUAACUCCAUCUUGAGACUUCCGUGGUUAAACUGAUAUGACGUUUAAUGCAUCAGUCAAUUCCAGCUGCGCCCAGCCCCCCACCCGGGGCUACUGCGGGACAUUUGCCCGCCUGGUCAGUCCUGGGGGUGGGGCAUUUGCAAAUUUUGCGCUGCCUGGGGGCCGGGCAUUUGCCAACCCGGGACCAUUUCCGAGCUUCUGUCACGCACGUGGUUUCCUAUCAGGAUAAUAACUACACAGAAAAUUUUACUGGAAAUAAAGCAGAUUGGCUCAUCUGUCAAGGACAGGAAAAAAUUGAAGAGGGCUGUAAAGACUGCGAAGGCAUGUUCUGGAUUUAAUGCAUGCAGUUUCUUCAAUGCUUACUAAGCCAGAAUUACAUAGCCAAAUCGGAGCUAUCGAUGUGAAUCAACAUUUUUUGGUUAUUGAAUCAAAUUUCUGUUGAUAUUAUUUGAAGAACACCCUUUCAUAUUUAUAGAACUAUUCAUAACUUUACAGCGCUCUAUUAAUUUUAAUGUCAAUAAUUUUAUAGCAAAACCAUAAACUGGUGCAUGUCGUCGCGGCGUGAAGUCUUAAUUAGAAUCGUAGCGCUAUUACAAAGGAAGACGUUACUUGAAACAAAAAAUCGUACAUUAAACGGCACUAUUCGACUGUGCGAUAAAUGAAAAAUGUUGCGGUAUUGACGGAGGACGGGUCAUUUGCCCUCUUUUUUCGUCCUAACCCCGGGGGAUUUGACAGCUAAAGAGUCCCCACCCCCAGGAAUUUGCUAUCCAAUGCAAAAAACUGCUAAUGCCCGGGGGUCAGCCCGGGGGGGCUGGGCGCAGCUGAAAUUGACUGAUGCAUAAAUGAAAAAUCAUCACUACUUACAGAGCAACAGCAGGAAAAAGACCAAGAAAAAUGGACACAUAUUCUGGCGGAGACCGAAAAAAGUCUGAAAAGAGAUAAUUACAGUGCUGCCUUGCAGUUCGUUGACAAAUUUGUGGCAGAUUGUGAAACACCUGAGUUCAAUCUUCAAGCUCUUAUGAAGAAAGCACAGAGUUGUCUGGAUGCCUGGCAAGAGACGCGUAAGUUCCUUAACUUUCCUUUCUUUCAUUUGCUUCCGUAAAGUUUCUUUCUUUGGCGAUAAAAUGAUUGUCAUGUCAGAAUCGCCAGAUGAGAUAUAUAAUGUCAGAUGGAGGAAAUUAACAGCGUCGACUUAAAUACUGACUACGUCUUUGGGCAUGGUGCCAGACAGCUCUUCCUGUAAGCUUCUGUUGCCUUAUAGCAGAGAACCUCAUCUGGAUAUGAAGAUCGAAAGAAUUAUUCGAAUGACGAAAAUUUCUUGCCUUAUCUGAGACAAAUAUACCAAUUAAAAAAACACAUACACACACCAGGCAAUUCAUAAAAAUCAGAGAUGUAAACCUUAAGUAUUCCCUCGCUAAAUUCUGCCUUAUCAGUCUAUAUCCUGUCUAAAUAUGCAAUUACUAUGAAUUUUUCUAUUUCUUUCAACCCAAAGAAAGGACGAUUAUGUGUUAGGUGCAAAAAUAUAAUUACAUAUGUAAAUAGCACAUUGUGAUUUAUUAGUGUAAGUAUGGCCAAAGAAGGUUCUAUGUUCUGCUUGGAAAUUGUUGCGGCAUUGUAAAUAUUUCCCUUUAGUUGUUGUUGUUGUUACAACAACCUACCGUUCAUUUAACCAAAAUUUUAAUUUUAAUUGUCCUAGUCAAGGAAAUUCUCGAGAUUUUGAACCUUCUGGUAUUUCAAUUUCCUUUUCUUUAGCAACCGCACCUGCGCUAACGUUACGUUUUAAAUCUGGUUAUACCUGCAUGGGUUAUACCUUUAUCCAGAUUCAAAGCAGGCGAUUUACUGUUUUCUUAACAGAGAUACUCGCUGUGUCUAUAGGAUCUUUGUACACUACAUUUUAUACGACUUCAAAAUUUCAAUCCUUGUGCUAUCGUUCCAGGCUCCCGUGACGCCAAAUCAAAUGACAUGAAAUAUCCAGUUCUUCUCAUGGAAAGCGUCCAGAAAAUAACAGAAGGAUUUGAAAGUCUUCUUACCGACAAAGACAAGAAGAAACUGGCAGGAUACAUGCAAAAACUUGGAUUUGAAGACAUCUCAACCACGUUUUAUCAGCUGAAUCCAGAAAGUGGCAGAAAGGUCAGUAAUAAACUGUCUACUGAAACAAUUUCACGCCCAAUAAAAAAUGAUUCAAAAACAUAUAAUGGCAACCGGCCAACUAGGUUUUUAAAGUUCAUUCCCAGAAGUUAGAACAGGGCUUUUAACAUGUUUAAUGAUCAACUUCGUCACUUAUUCAAUUGUUUUCUUUCUUUCUUUCAAUUAUGGCGUAGAUCAUAUUAGUUUUCAAAGAACUAUAAAGCCUCGCAUUCGUCCUUAAAGUGAAUUUCUUAUCAUGUAGGCUGGACAGUUGUCACUUAACACAACAAGCGCAAGAUUCCAACUAGAGCACAUGGGACAUUUACUGAAAAGGGAGGAGCGAACUGAUCCUGACAGUCGAGUAGACCACUUCAUUCCUGACUCGUGGCAGGUAUGUCUUAAGCACUCACUUUGUCAAAACCAAAAUAUAAACAAAAGAAAAAACGAGCUUGACCUCGGUUCUGAGCCGGUUUUUUGCCGGCAUGACACCCAAGCCUUUUAUCAACACUUGCAGCUGACUGAUAUACAAACCAUAAAAUUAACGCUGCUCUGCCAAGAUUAGCUGGCCAUUGUGCUAGUCCAAUGAAGAGACAGCCUCAAAAGUGCUGCUUUGGGAAACCCAACAUGGUCAGCCAAAUCGAGGUAGACCAAAAAUUACAAACAUUGACACCAUCAAGGCUGACAAUGGACUGGACAAUACCAAAGAAAUAAGAGACGCAUUGCUCGAUCAGGUCGUGUGGAAAGAUUUUGUUAGGACGGCUCGGGAUGAUUCCGGCCUAAGGAAGUAAGUAAGUGCUCUGACAAACAUAAUUUCAGGCGUUUAAUUCUAAAUUCCAAUUUUCAGCGUGAUCUUCUCGAUGCUGUGGAUAAUAAUGAGUCAGCUGUGAUAGUUGCACCGACAUCAUCAGGCAAGACAUACGCCUCGUAUUACUGCAUGGAAAAAGUACUGAGAGAGAGCAACAAUGGAGUAGUGGUUUAUGUCUCUCCCACAAAGGUAUCAGUCUUGUUUAGAAAUUUCUAUUAUGUUUGUCGUAUUGCCACGCUUUAAUUUUGGCCGAAACAUCUGGCGUCACAGAUCUUUGUAAACAAUCAAAAGUAGAACCAAAUGACCAAGGGCUUGCUCCCAAGCGUUUUCUCGCCCUGGGCGUAACAUUACUUUACUCUUCAUCAGGGUUCGUACAGGUCAUGGAAAACCUGGAAAGUCAUGGAAUUUAAUUGUCGGUCCUUGAAAGUCAUGGAAAAUUAAAGUCAUGUUAGAUAGAUUAGAUACUGCAGAUGGCAAAGGAAGGACAAUGUAAGAGAGAGACGAGUAAUUAAAUGGCAUGGAUUUUAGUGGAUACCAAAGUUAGUGUCUGUUGAGCUGAGUUAGGUUAAAAAAUACCCUAAAUGCUAAAAGAAGGAUACUUUUGAAAAUAUUCGAACGUGACAGCAAACCCUAAGGUCAUGGAAACCUUGUGAAGGUCAUAGAAAAAUUCAUGCAAAGUCAUGGAAUUUAAAGAGCUCAAAAGAUCGAGUGCGAACCCUGUCCAUGCUUCUUUACACGUGAAGUCUUGUCGGUGCUAGCAGAUGUGUUGCUUUUGGUGAGCUUUCUUUACUCAUAAUGUAUUCCUCCGCAAGUUAAUGAGAUUCCUUAGCACAAAAUGGAGUAACCGGUGCGCACUAUACUACUAGCAUAAAACCGUUUACUUCUCAGUCUCACAAAAAUAUCCUUUGUUUUCGAAUUUGUGAAAAUCAAUUUCAGCAACUACUAUAUAAUCACAGAAUUGACUGAAAUAUCACAAAUCAACAGCUUCGACACAAGGAGCACGGGUAGGCAAAACUGAAGAGUAGGGAAAGUUGAAAAACGGUUGCCUGCUGUUUUUUCAAGUUUGUGACUUACAGUUGUCUUAGAUAUGACUUACAAUUGCAAUUAGGUCAUAAAAGACGUUUCUUUGACCAAUAAGAACUUUAAAGCGCUAGCGCGGAAGUGAAAAAAAAUAGACAAAAUCAUUAAAAAUACUGUGACCUAGUCGGUUUAACAUUAUCAUGAGUUUAACGUUUUUAACUAAUUUUAGUUUUAAAUGUUUACCGAGGAAAUCGAGUCCAAGUUUGGUCUUUUAGCUUUUCAUCCCUAUCAGUAAAAACGUUUUAACUGUACUCUUAACAUCUCCUUUAAACUGUAUAUUACAGGCUCUUGUAAAUCAAGUUGCUGCCACAAUUUACGCCCGCUUUCAUCGUAAGAAACUUCCUGCGGGAAAAGCUGUGUACGGGGUAUUCACCAGAGAUUAUCAGUACAAUACUUUGAACUCUCAGGUAAUUGUUGUGAUGCUUAUUACAAUUCUUUUACAUUCCGGUCGCCGUCCUUUUCCUUCAUCAUUUGUGUGUAUCACCUGAGGCGGUCUGGAUAGUUUGCAUCUGGGGCUGUCAAGUAAUAUCCCUAACUCCAACAAAAAUAGAGUUGAUUCAACUUGUAGGUUAACGAAAAUAUAGGUCUAGAAGAAGUGAAAAAAAGAAAACAAAUAAAAAUCCCAAACAGAAAGAAAGAAAACAGCUUUGCGUUCCAAGGAUGGGGCAUCGUUAACUUGCAGGAAAGGUAGAAACUUGGUCCUUUUAGUAUUUAUGAACACGAUGCAUUGCUCAAUUAGUUAACUUGCUAAAAGGCAUACAUUAGUCUGUAAUUGAAAAAAUUGAUCUUUGGUUUUCAGAUUCUUGUCACAGUCCCUCAGUGCCUGGAGAUUCUCUUCCUCUCGCCUGCCAGACAGGACUGGACAAAAAAUGUCAAAUAUGUGAUCUUUGAUGAGGUAAUACAUAUAUUGUUCUCAUAACAGCAAGUGUUCCACUUGUUCAAGCUUUGUGUUAUUUUAUUUUAUUUUUUUUUACCUUUUUCCUUCUCCAAUGCUUCAUGUAAUACUGUAGUACAGAACAUUAUGCUCAUAUUUAAUCAAAGACACUAUUUCAGACAAACAUUGAAAACGUUCGUUUAUCUUAUUUAGGUUCACUGCCUUGGUCAGGAGAUUGGAGCUGAAGUCUGGGAACAUCUCCUUCUUUUGAUUCGUUGUCCCUUCCUGGCACUUUCAGCGACCAUUGGGAAUCCACAAGAUUUACUGAAGUAGGCUUUUAGCUCAUCUUUUUCCACUUUGUUUACGUUUACCUUGCUCAGUUGUAUCACGAGCCCAAUGCACUCUUGGUUGUAUCAAGUUUAUCAGUUCACUGACAUCACAAAAACAGUGUAGUCAUCGAAUCCCUCACGUCACUGUUAAAAUUAAAAGAUUCUUGUUUUUCCACGUUUUGUGCGUUAUCUGUCCUUUAAAAAAAAAAACCCGUAGUGGUUAUUUGGCUAGCUAUAUAUUCAUUCUUGUUGUUAUUCAUUCAAAAUAUUGCGCCGUUUCUAAAUGGCUUUGAUCCACCAACCUCGUUCCCAGGGUCCUCUCCUAUUGAGCCCCCGUGGCCAACCGUGGCCAACCGUGGCCACGGGGGCCGAGUAGGAGAAGACCCUGGGAAUGAGGUCUUUGAUCUGCCAGCUAAUUCUUCGUAAUAGCUGGUGCUGACCAAAUUUGGAAAAUGCAGGCAAUAUUCAAAUAUAAGAAAACACAAAACAAAAUCAAGUAUUGCUCGAUGGAAGUCAUCUGCUUUUUCAAGAGAGAAUGAGCUUUUUCUUUUUGUUGAGUAUCUGCAAGGAAAUAACAAUCAUUCAUAUUCAUUCAUUUGUGUAACAAUCAAAAAGAUAUUUUGAUGAAAGAAAAGGAACAUGAUGGAAACCAUUGUUGUCAAAUAAAAUUGUAGCUGGUUGCAGGCCGCACAAGACUUCCGUGAAAAACAGGAUAAACAAGACGGUGGAAAGCUAAGGAAAUCAUACAGAAUCAGACUAGGUAUUACUUGCUUUACUAAUUAUCAUACUUUUGUUUCUGUUGAUAAGCCAAAAAAUUUAGCCUAGAUCAAGCAUGUUUUAUAAAAUUAUAAGCGCAUUAAGGAACGCUUCGGGAACGUAAUGCCUUCCAUUUUCGAGGGAGUUCAUGAUUUAGGCCUGUUGCGUAUACCUUGGGGCAUAUACCUUUGAAGCCCGGCUCCCAUUUCAAAGUUGCGGAUUACACCCUAGCUCAUCGAUAUGAAUUUUAUUAUUCAAAGCGUGUGUACAUUAAACAUCGAAAAUACAAUUGAACUGAAUUGUUCUCUCUUUCAACUAUAUCUGCACAUGACUUAAAUGGGGCGAGGUGUUCAGUAAAAAAAUAAACAUAAUAAAAUAGGCUUUUGUUUCGUCUACAUUCAUUCAUUCAUGUCUAAUCUUCUUUUGCUUUUGAACGAAAGUAACUUGUAAAGAACGAUACUCAGAUCUUGAAAAGAGUAUCUAUCUUCCAAGUCCCAAAAACGGAGGAUUUUCUAAAAAGACGUUCAUGUACGAUGAUGGUUAUGAUGUUACGAAGACAGAAGAGUUUGUAAGCCUUCACCCAUGUGCUCAGCUUGGAGCCAAACAGGUUGGAAAUCAUGCUGAUUCUUGCUUUCACUUUAACUACGUUUAGUUUCAGGUAAACAACAAAACCCAGUCCCGAACCCAGUACAGUCAAAUCCCGUUAAUACAGACACUGAGGGGGCCAUAGAAAGUGUCCAUAUUAACGGGGUGUCUGAUUAAGCGGGUUGAAUCUAGAGAAAAUGUAAGGUAUUUCCUAUCCCAUGCAGGGACAAAGCAAACUGUCCGUAAUAAUGAGGAGUCCAUAUGAAGCAGGUGUCCGUAAAGUGGGGUAUGACUGUAGAUAGCUAUGGUACAACCAAGAAAAAAUGUAAAAGAAAACACAAAAAUUCGGUUUUGUUGGUUAAGUCAAUGUACCACCGGCCGUAAACAUUGAAAGCUGACGUUUAUAGCACUAUCUCUUUGUCAGAGCCAAUUUCAUUCGUUCUGACUUGACAAAGGACGAGCGCGCCGGGGUCAUAGGGUCGAAGGAAUCGUAGUCGGAAGAAUUAGAACGUCUCCAUUUACUAUGUAGUGAAAACCAGAUUGUAGAAGGCGGAAGCAGAGUUCGCCUCUGCUUGCCAACACCAACAACCUCGUUUUCACUAGAUCAUAUAUUAAUAAAGCUACGUGCAAACGGACGCAACAACUCCCAACAUUGUUGGCCCAACAAUAUUGGGAGUUGUUACGUUCGUUUGCACGUAGUUAAACGUUUGACCGGUUUCAAACUUUGCGCAACGACUCCCAACAGCAUACAACGACAUGUAACAGGUUGUGCAAAUGGACACAUCAUGUAACAUCCAACAAUGUUGGAAAUUGUUGGUCAACAAAAUUGCGUCCGUUUGCACGGGGCUUAACGCUCUACGCUUCUUAUUACGAUCGAGCCUUCUCCGAUUUUUAAAUAUAUAGACCAUUUUCGGGUCCAUGUAUCCAAAUACGUGUCCUGUUUUAUACCAGUCUGAAUAGCCUAAUGCCUAUUUCUUCCAUUUAGCUUAAGGAGAAUGGUUUUCCAAGUGAUUUGUCUCUCACCCCUAAAGAAACUCUGGAACUCUAUGACGUCAUGUUCUUCCACUGGUCUGAUAAGGAAUCCUUGAAGGUUAGCAAAUAAAUCAUCAUAGUAAAAAAAAUAAUAUUGUAAUGAAAUUCUUCCAAACAAUUUAUAAAAACGUUAUGUUCGGUUCGGCUAGGACUCCCUAGCGGGGCAAAAAGAUUUGGUGACGUCUGUUAGGCCUACAAAGGCCACCUCCAAGUUUCUUGAAACGCCAUUUAAGCAUUUCAAGUUUACUCUAGCCUACCGUUUUUGUUUGAAGAAGAAACACAUGAAGUAAAGAGGGUGAACUGGUGCGUUUAGGAAACUGUUCUAAUGAUAACUUUAGCUAUUUAAUCCACGUUAUAAGAAUAUCUUGAAUUCUUUCUAUGGGAUUUAACUUUUUGUUUAAUGAUAACUAUCGUUUUGUAGAGACUUGCUCCUGAACAGUAUUUCCGCGAGAACAGGUUCAUCCACAAGAAGCAUACAAGAGCGUACGAGGAGGAACUGAAAAAGGAGUUAGAAUCCUGGACGAAUCACCAAGAACAGUUUGAAAAGGUAAAAUAAAGUAAUUAACUGUGAUAACUCUUGAGAGUCUGGCAAUGUGAUAAUUUAAUUUCAGGCUCGUUCUCAGACCUUUUAUCCGAUGUGAACCUAUCCUGGGGUUGAAAAAGGGGUUUCGGUCCAUUCUUUGAUCUCCGCUGGCCUGUAUAGGUGGCGGUUUCGUUGGAUGGCUGUGAUGGAAACAUCUUAAUUGCGCGGGGAGGCCGAGAGAGAAAUAUGGGGGAACAGCAAAGAGAGAGCGCCUUCCUGAACUCUUGGUCAACUUAAGAAGAUGUGUUGGAUAUGAAUACUUUGAUGAAUGAAUCAGAGGAGCCAUAGUGAGCUUAAGCAACAGCGUUUUUGAGCGACGGACGUCAACCGGAAGUGAACUUUUCCCAUCACUGGACAGUGGUUUGGUUGAGCUCUCGGGUAAAUCGUCUUUAUAAGAGAAAAGAAACUUAGCAUUACAAAUUUGUUAGAGUCAAGGCAUAUAAAAAGGGAGAAGGCCUCACUUCCGUUUGACGUGCGUCGCUCAAACGUCUUUGCUUAAGUUCCCUGCGCCUUUUAAGUUGGCUGGAAAUUAGCUCCUCUUCUAAAAAGUAACCCAGGGCAUUAAAAGUCCACAGGUCAUGCCACAGUUAAACCGGUUUGUUCAGGCUCUUACCAGACCGGUUCUUAGGCAAAAUGUUGAUCACAUUUAUGUAUUUAACAACAACCUCGUCCCCAGGGCUUUUCCCUUAGAAAAUAGGAAAGGCCCUGAGGACGAGGUUGAUUUAGCAAUUGUCGCACAGCUUUCUCUUGCUCUCGGUCACCGCAGCACAAUUUCACGAGAUUUUCUUCGAAUUAAGUUUAAACCUUGGCCAUCCCUCGUCACUACGCGUCAAUUUUUAAGUCGACUUCGCGUUGACUUAGCAUUGUUGUCGUUCACGUGAGAAUUAUAUUAACAUCCUUAAAAACACGUCUCUUCUAGCCCCUGGAUCGUGUAGAUUUAUGCAAUUGACUUGUAUGAACUUCACAGCCAAUCAGAAAUCUCUAUGCACCAUUGUCUGGACUAAUGAAAAACGCAAGAGUUUGGGUGAGCAGCAAAGCGCGUGUUGGUCCCCAAAAUGCAAAGACGUCCUUCUUGCUUUAUAGUUUGAAUCUUACGGUUUUAUUGAGAUAAACUAUUGAUGCUUUAAUGUUCGUUUUUUCAUUUUGAUCUCAGGCACAGUCCAUGAUUAAAUCACUGAGUUCUGUCUGUGUGAAGAAAAUGAUCUCAACUGAUGAAGAAUGGUUAGAACUUGGGAUAGGUUCGGUCGGUAGAGGGGCCAUCCUCUACAAUUAUUCAAAGCUGGUUGAACAACUCAAAGCCCAAGAUAAGCUACCAGCCCUGGUGUUCAGGUAAGACUAAUUGUCAAGAGUACUAGUGAUGCGACGCAAGUCUUUUUCGACAAACCGUCAUACUUUGUCAAAUGUUUAUUCAUAGUUUCAGUCACUAAACAGAAUUUCGUUUUCAAAAGCAUUUUUCGAACUUUUUGUUUGUUAAAGAGUAGUGCCCGCACAAUUACACUUCAUUUUCCUGGAAGCACAGUGAUGACCUUUAAAGGACUAUCGUUUCCGAGAAUUAAAAAAAAAAAACAAUCAAAUUAUUUUAGUCGUCACCUUAGAAACUUCCUAAAAGAAAAAGGCAGCAAAAAUAAUAGUUCAGUUUCGAAUUAAAAAUCACCGCUGAAUACAAACAUUUAGGACACAUUCAUACAGGGUUAACCUCGACAUAAAGUAAAAUAUUCAAAAAUUCCGGCAAGCAAGUGUUUGAAAUUUGAAUAUAAACAAUAGACAGAGUAAUAAACAGGUCUCUUUCUCGUUGGAAUUUGUGAAUUAUAAGCCUGUAAAAAAUGCGUCUUCACUUCUUUAAUUCAGCGGUCAUAGCGAACUCGAAACUGAACUAUUGCGCUUCCUACCUUGCUCAUGUUUAUCCCUUCGCUGUCCAGUGUUUAGCUUUCUUUUCGUUGUUUACAUAACAUUCUGUAAGUGGAGUGUAUCUAUCUUUAGCCGUUUAUGAGCUUUCUUGCGUACCACGUUUACCAUUUCAUCAUCUUUUAAGAUGUUGAAAUACUCUGGAAACCGACAACUUGCACUCUGUCACGUUCGCGUCAACAGCGACAGGUUCAUGUAAAACGCACCCAGGCUGGUCGAAAACCCAAGCGGUGUAAAACUUUGAAGCGAUCCAUUUUAUGGGAUCUGUCGAGGACUUCUUUAUGUGGUGGCAAGUAACUGUAAAUGAUAUUUUAAUAAAAAGUCCGGUCUCCUUUAAUGCUUACUUAAGUAUCCUAUUUUGAAUGUUACGUAAGUACAAGCCAUGCUCACAAAUUCUUUAUUUUGUUUUGUAUUUUUAAUAAGCUUUGACCGAAAACUGUGUGAAAUACUGGCAUUUAGACUUACUAUACAAUUUGAAGACAGAGAAGAUGCUAUUAGGGAACGCACAAGAAGAUCCGAUGAGAGGAAACGUUUACAGGCAGAAAAGAAAGCUAAAAGAGCUAGAGAUGCAACAGAGAAGGAAAAGGAGAAGAGGUAACAGCGUUCGACGUUAGGAGAACUCAGCCUAAACUCAACCGGCGAGAAUCCUGGGUACAAACCACUGACAAACAUUUAGCAGAAGGAAAUUCGACUUAUGAGUUGGGUCAAGCACCGGAAACAAAAAUACGUUGUAGACCACGCGCCACCUAGUCAGUUUAACUGGACUAGCGCCAGUAAUAACUGAGAAGAAAGUGCUGCCUCUGUAGUAACAUCUGCAAAAGCCAAGACUUUCUAGUCUUCUCGGAUAAGGUCGAUAAACCGUUGGCCCCGUCUCACAAGCUCGGCACACAUAAUAAAUUCUGUGGGAUGUUAAAUAAGUCAAAGAACCCACACACUGUUCGUAUAAAGUAGGGAGCGUAGUCCCCGGUGUGGUGGUCUAUCCCAAAUUUCAAUGGAAAACGACAGAAUCUAGAUUCAAACAGAAAAAAUGGAAAACAAAACUACAAAGACAGCAAAAAUGUCCAAUAAACUCGUCUCCCUUAAAACUCCUCCCCAUAGUUCACUGAAUGGCAGAAACUUCUCCACUUUGAUGACAUAGUCGGCAACCGCAACUCCAAAGGUAAACAUUCGGCCCCACUUACUAAUCCCAGAUUUUACUAGUUUUAAAAUGAAUUCCUUAAUUGCUUUGAGAUUAUAAUUUAAGACCUUACUGAGACCCUAUUUGCCUUCUGAACAGAUCCAGCAGCCAACGAGAUAAUUUAAAAGAAGUACAACAUGAUCUAGCCUGCGAAGCGCAGACGUUUUUUCCUUCGUCGCUCCUCUCGCUACAAAAAAUUUUUCCUAGUGAGAGAAGCGACUACCGGAAAUACGCCUGCGCUUCGAAGGCUAAAGACGAUCAGAGUUUGCCAAAUUUGGAGGAACCUCUACCAGAAUGUUCAUUGUCGUUUACUCAUGGAAUUGGCAACCAGGUAUCGAAUUCGAUAUGAAAUGUAUUGCAGUUUUACUUUAAUUCGUUCUCCAUUGAUUACCUGCUCGUAGUUCUAUAUAAACAAGAAUUUAUAGAUCAUGGCUCUUAGUUUAAGACAGUUUUAAGUGGGUAGAGUGUUGAAAAUAUGUUAAAGUUGCCGAAUCCGUUACCGAAUCCGGUUUUUUAGCUCCUUUAAGUCUUUCUGUAUAAAAGCUUUUCCAUGUAACCAACUUUUUUAGGAACUUUCACUCCAGUUGUUUGUCGACUCUCGACAUUUUUAUUUCACAAAAUUGAAUCCUCAUCUGACUCAGUUUCCAGAAGCAGUUGAGCCUUGUACGCGUCUAAGUACAUUUACAAACCAGUUCAUCAUAAGAAGCGAGGAGCGGCAAAAGCAGUGCAAGAAAGAGUCGAAGGAUCGAAAAAGUUCAUACCGAAGGUCGAAUCACAAUUCCCUUUUUUGUAGAAGCCGCUUGAGUUCUGUUGGAGCAAUUGAAAGUACAACUUGCGUGUUCCCUUUUUGUUUCUUCGCGCGUUUGUUUCUCUUUUAUGAGGGUCUAAAUGGGGUUAACCGAUAGGCGUAAAACGGCCUAAAUUUAGUCGAUAGCCGUAAAAAUUGAAAAAUUUUAACCGUUAGCCGUAAAUAGGGUAAAAAGAGUUAACCGUAAAAGAAAUUGUUCCCUAGCUAGGUUUGUCAAUUUAAGGAAGGUGUUAAACUCACUUUUUUUAUGGUUACGUUUUUUACUUCCCGGCUACUUUGACUCUGUACGCACGUUAGGCCAAGCGCCUAGCUUUUAGGUGUUGACCUAGACCUAAACUCCAUUUUCGUCGCUCUCUCGGAGAACUAAUUUUUUCCAUAGCGAAAACCUGGCUUCUUGCUGGGGAUUAAUAUUUGCGAUUUUCAAGAGGUCGAGCCCUCGAAAUACUAGUGAAAGAACCCGCAGAGAUAUGUCACUGUUUGCAAAACACAUUGCCGAUAAACAACAAUUCCCUGUUUUUCUCUAACGCCACGGUAGACAUUGCCAUGUCUAGUUCUUGUAUUAAAGGCGUCUUCCCACGCAAUCUCGUUCAAGGCAUUUCCGUGGCGUAUCUCAGAAAAAAACUCGCUCGAAACACGUGACCCGAAACUCAUUAGCCGCGCGGAACAAUGAGGCCUACGGACGAGGCAACAGGAGACUGAGUCGUUCUGUACAGUCUUUCGCUAUCAUUAAAAACACUGGACACGGGAAUUUUGUUAUUGGCUGUUUUCACACUAGAGCUAGAAAUGGAUCAUCCGUCUGAGACUAGCCUGUGUGCUGACGCCCCCUCCCCCACAGACACCCCUUCUCCGAUUUUUUCUUAUUGGAGGAGGCGGCUGUACACAGGCUAUCAGAAAUGGAUAAUGCAUAUCCAAACUGUCCGUCAAAAUUGACGAAUAAAGUCAGGUGGAUUGUUCAUUUAAAAUUAAAACCAUUCCGUUUUGAAACUAAGACGUAUUGCUUAUCUGACGCGAAUUAUCAAACGGAUAACCCGUCUCACGCGAAUCACCCGUCUCUAGUGUGAAAAUAACCUCCCACGCAGGCGUUUUUAGGGGAGCUCGUUUUUCAUCCCUCCCCACAACGAGCUCCCCUAAAAACGCCUGCGUGGGAGGCUAGUGUGAAAACGGCCAUUUCUGUUAUAAAUGAACGUCACGCCUCCGGUCUUGAGUUUGGCGUUCGCGUUUUAAAUUGACUAUUGGCAUUUCUUUGCGUAAAAUAAUACUAGAAGUGGAAUACUUUAUAAAAAGUAUGAUCUAUCAAAUGUUAAAAUUUUUCAGAAGGAUAGCAUUCCAUCCUGAGAUGAUGUUAAGACCUUUAUUUUGCUUUAAAGAUACAAAAAAUACAGGACCAUUAACAUUCAACUCUUUGAAACAAAAGAAAUUAGUCUUUAACUUUUUUGUUAACCGUAGCUGGAAAAAAUUAACCGAUAGCCGUAAAAGAGCCAAAAUUUUAGCCGAUAACCGUAAAAGCCACCACCCCAUUGAGACCCUCUUUUAGUGUUUGUUUAUUUGUUUUUCUUUCUAACUUUUAUUUUGAAACAAGUGAAAAAAAUGUGGAUAAGAACGAACGACGUUUAGUUGUCAUCUUUGAUGCCAUUUUCAAGUUCAAAAUUAUUGCUGAUAAACUAACAAAACAUUUUUCUGGCUGAUGAUUAGUAUAUAUGAAAUUGAAACUUGAAAAUGGCGUCAAGAUGACACCGAAAUGUCGUUCGUCCCUAUCCGCGUUAUUUUUUACUUGUUUCUGUAUAACUAAACCUUUGCUUAUUAAAAUUUUUAUUUUGUAGCGUUUGAAGAAGAUCAUGGAUCGCAUUCGUAAAAUUCACAGUAGAAGUCUGUUCAAGAGCGCGUUGAGGCGAGGAAUAAGCUUUCAUCAUGCCGGAAUGAGCAGCAAAAUGCGCACUGUCGUGGAGAUGCUUUUUAGGGAGAAAUAUCUCCAGGUAAAAUAAAAAAACAACAACAACAAAAAUGUUUAUGGGGGUGACUUCAAUUCUACUUUCUACGUGACUGCGGUUUCUAUGUAACGUCUUGACGUAUACACUCUUGUCAACACCGAAACAAGUUUAUUUUUGUAGAAACUUCAUCGUUCGAUCAAUAUAGCCUUUUGCAUUCCUGCAAAUUUGAAAUAACUCACUUACAGAACGGUCACUUUUGGCUGGUGUUUCUGUCGAGCUGUCAUAUAGUUGGACACUAAAACUGUGUCGUUUUCUAACUCAAGCUCACUUAUUGCUAAAUUUGUCAGGAAUUGAAAGGAAACCAAACGAAAUUCUAAUGAAAAAAACUUGGAAAAUGGCUUAAGAAUACUCUACUUUACUUUUUCUUUCUUUAAUACAUAAGUUCUUGAUGAUAAUGCAGAUAAUCCUAGUCGGGGUUUUUUUUCCUGUUACCAGAUAUUUGGCUUAUAUUUAGCUUCUGAAUUUUAGCAUUCUUUAGGAGAUAGGAAUAUAAUGUGUGAAGGUCCUUUUAUGGCCAAGAAAUGUCUUCGACUAUUCUGAAUCGUUAGGUCGUCUCGGCAACAGGUACCCUCGCGCUUGGGAUCCAUAUGCCUUGCAAGACUGUUGUGUUUGCUGGAGAUUCUCCUUUCCUAAACUCUUUGAUGUACAGACAAGUAAGUAGGCAAAGAAUGAGAAAAUAUUGAACUGUUGUCGAUAAAUGUUUAAUAUAGUUUACCUUACUUGACAAAAGAUGAACUAGGACUUUGGUCGCCUUACCAGGAAUGUACGAAGGUGCUUUAGUAGUUACGCACAAAUGAGGGUCUAUAGUUCGUUUCCUGUUCUUCGCCAUCAAUGUCCUGUUUGCCUAAACAAGGUAUCUUGCCUUGUCACUCCCUGAAGACCCUCCCUUGUACUAAAAGACAGUGGAUGUGAAGAACCAGCCUUCCAAGCGGUGUGGUCAGUACUUAACAGCCACAUGAACCUUGCAAGAACAGUGAGCUGUUUCAGUUUCCUUGUUUAUAGACUCGCAAUCAUAGCAAUUAAUUCCAGGUAGCUCUCUCCUUCGCGGAGCCUCUUUUGUCCCGUGAAAAGUUAGGAGAGGCGAAAAGAUAAAGGAAUAGCAGUGACAGCAUCCGCAGUCAGCACUCAUUAAACUCCCCUUACUACCGAACUGCAGCGCGUGCCUCUGGCAGCCUUUUAAGUAGUGGAGGAGGGAUGUUUUACGCCGGUUUUUUGUGGAUUUAAUCAACUUUUUAAGUGGUAUAAAUUAAAGCAGAUGACGUCAUGCAUCUCAUUAUGAUAAGAUGAUGUCAUAGUUUAUUUUUAGCUGGCAAGAGCAGGUGACGUCAGAAUAUCCUAGGGGUUGACGUCAUCAAAAAAUGUUGAGAUCAUAAUCUAUAAAUAGAAAAGUGAUUUUUUGAUAUAAUCAGCUAUUUGCUAUAGUCUUCUGAUUGGAUAUUGUAGAAGCUGUUAUGUGUUCAAAAUAAAAGCGGGCAAAUUUUGAACGUGUUAUCUUUGCAGAUUAUACUAAAUGAAAAAUCUUUAAUCAUUAAAUUAUUUUCACUAAAAAUCGGUUAUAAACAAAACCAAGACACAGAGGUUAACUGAAAAAUCUUUACUUCAAAAGAAGGGAAAAGGAGGUUAAGCGAAUGCGAAAUCGUACUAAUUUUUCGGGCAAAACAUGAAAGCGAGGUCGAAUCUCAGCGAAGCGAAAAACUGCCUAUCGAGCAAAAAUGUCAAUCUUUGUUUACUUGACUCUGUAGAAAGUAUUGCACAGGGUAUUAAAAUUCUAUAGAAAACAACAGGUGGUUCUAAAGUAAAGCCCAAUUCUUUUGGUUCUCGAAAACUCCAUUCUAGUAACUAACAAGUGAAACGUCUAUUUAAAAAAAAGAUAGGAAUAAGAGGUGCGAUCGCCGAGCAACACAUGUCUUCUUAUUUAGCGCGAAAAAUCGGAUAUAUAAACAAAACACACACACACGCAUACACAAAGUGGAGCUGAAAACUCUCUAUUUCAAUUUUGACUCACCAUUACAAAAGCGUUUUCUCCGUUCCAUCUCGAGGAAACGACAACUAUUAAAGUCUCAGCCCUUGCGCUUGAUGAGCUUAUGGUCUUGUCCUGAUUCACGCGCCGUUAGUCAGUUAAUUAUGCGAGGUCACAAGCCCACAGUUGCAUACAAAUUAGUUCAUCUCUACAAAUAGACCUAAGGGAGCAUCUUGACGUAUUAUUAUAUGAACAAUUUUAAAUAACUUAACAAGGAUCAAUUUGAACACGCGACUAACAUUAAAAUUGCUAGUAAUAAAACCACAAGAGAGAUACCGUUUUAAAAACUUUAUUAAAAGUCAACAACAAAAAGAGUCAAAUACACAGCGAUUUGGAAGGAAAAGGAAUGAAAAUUAAUUCUUUGACUGACUAUUACAAAUCCGUUUUUUCCGUUCUAUUUCGAGGAGUAAUAAUAAUCCUUCCGUGUCUACACAAUUUUCCUAUGGCCUCGAAGCCAAGAGUUCGUUUUUCUUUGUUUCUUGCGCCUUGUCUUGUUCUUUGUAGUCGGUCUUUUAGCUUUUGCUUCAAAAGAGGCUUCAUUUCUCUGUGAUCUUGACAGUUCGCAAUACACCGUUUCUUGUGUCUGUACUGGAUUGCGAUAGUGAUUUUUCCGGAAUUAUCCGCUUCACUUUCGUAAACGACGACUUUAACUUUAGGUUGCAGUUUCGCCUCAGUGUAAAUACUGUCUUCGCUGUAUGUGGUCUAACUGAUGAACAUCCGCGAGAUGGUUAGCUAAUCUGACAAGGUACUUUGCCCCACACGAUGAAAUAGGACAGUUUCUGCACACUCUCUUGUAAACCAUGUUGACAGUUCGAUGGCUGAACACAAAUGACAUCUUUUUCGCAAAUAGUCAGGUUUUAUUGAGUGUCAGAAAGGCCAAACACAGAUACUUCAUCCUAUACAACUGACCAGCUUUAGCUUCAGCCUUGUGUGGUCUCUGUGACCCAGGGUAAGCAAGAGUUCUUAGCACAACAUUUUAGGCUUUAUUAAAAAAUGCCAUUAUACUCUUUCCUGUUUUCCCUCCAAUUUCCAUUAGGAGGAUUGUAACUCCUGGUAUAAUCAAAAGUGCACCCUUUUACUACGAUGUCGAUAUUCAAACAGUUUCUUUCUCUUACAGAUGUCUGGCAGAGCCGGGCGCAGAGGGUUUGACCCUGUAGGCAAUGUGAUAUUUUUUGGAAUUCCUUACCGGAAGGUUCAACGUCUCAUGACAGCCAAUAUACCGAAGCUUGUUGGAAACUUCCCCAUAAACGUUUCGCUCGUUUUGCGCCUGCUUCUGAUGACGUCAACAGGAGACGACAAACAAGAUGCACUCACUAAGGUCAGAAGACGAUAUGGUCACCUAUUUAAUCAACUUUUAAGGAUUGAAAUGCAAAAAGAGAGUCGCAAGUCGAGUUUGCAAGUACUUUUGAAGUGUAAUUAACAGCUUGUGAUGAGAGGCCAAGAUGGAAGUGAAUUGUAUUUAACCAAAGAUGCUGGAGUACUUUAACAGUUGGCUUAAUUCACUAUUAAAUUUCAAUUUCUGCUUCUCUCACUGUAAGAUGGAAUAAUAAUAAUGCUAAUAAUAAUAAUGCUUUUUACGUCUAUGAGGACCACAUAUAAAUUGAUUGUGUUGCCUUUCUUUGUUAAACAGUUUUUACCUCUUACUGUAAAGCUAUUUUCUACUGGCCUGGUAAAAUAUGGUUGCUAUAUUGCAUUAACUGACGGACCUUACCUUCGAUCAUAUCUUGUAUGCCUUUUCCGGGCCCUUUGCCGUUAAUUCUAUCCGAAUAAGUAACUUUAUUGAGAACUGACUGACUGUGAGCGGCAUUUGUCUGUAGGCACUCGCACUGUUAUCCCACCCAUUCAUCUGCAAAAAGCAUCCCGAGAUGGAUAGUCAGAUCAAGAAACAUUUUCUCUUCAGCGUCGAACUUCUUGCCAGACUGGUGGGUAGUAGAAGAUUUUAUCAACCAGCUCCAUGGAGCUUUUAUGUUAACGAACAGAAAACAAAAGAGGAAUUCAUUAGUUGGGCUAUAAAUGCGUAAAAUUGCCGGGGGAAAAACAUAAGAUAUGUUAACCAAGAAUGUUUUUUAGUUUUAGUUGGAUAAUUUUUCUGUGUUUCAUCUCAGGGCCUUAUUAAUAAAGACACUGGGGCACCACAGGAGAUGGCAGGACUCGCGACGCACCUUCACUUCCAUGAGCCUUCCAAUUUUGUCUUAGUCAGCUUUCUGCAAGGGGGACUAUUUCAUGAAAUUUGUCAACCAGGAGAGAAUGGUAAGGGUGCCAAAUGCUGAUUCAGUACUGCCACAGCUGACUUAUAUAUUGUAAAAAAUGAAUAUCUAUUAUCUAUAAAAAUUGCUAUUAUAUUAGUUUUAAUCUGUAGGAAUCAUUGCUAAAGCUCCGUUUUUACCGUCCUGUUACUGUCUCAGUCUUGGUGGUCAACUAUACAAAUACCCAGAGCUUAACAAAAGAUUUACGUACAGUAUUAGUGUUUACUUAGUAUGGACAGCCUUCCUCGUUGACGAAAAUAACAUAUAGUGUGUUUUCUUAAAAUUGAUAGGUAGCUUGUUAGUGGAACAAUUGGUCAAGUUCGUUAUUAGAAACAAGUUCCACUUUAUUAAGACUGUUACUAAAAAUAACAUUUACUGUCAUCAGCAAAUGUUUUAACGGAAAGUUUACAGGAUUGAUUUCAGAGAACUUUGUUAUCAAUUAAAGCAGAAACAACAGGGGUCCCAACGUAGAGCCAUGAGGUAAACCACAAAUUAUCGCUCCCAUACUUGAUCUAAUAUCUUCAAUCUUGACAAAUUUAUUUUAAAAAAAUGUUAUUCAGAAUUCAACGUCACGAAGUUCUGUUACCAAUUGAUCAAAUCAUAGAUAAAAAUUGAAGUGUUGGAUAUUUAAAACACAAUAUCACCUGAGUGUGUAUUUGUUAGUCGUGAAAAAAGACCCUAUUUGAGACAACCGUCCAAUUACAGCGUGCGUGAUGCGCUUACUGUCUGUAUACAACUGCAGUUAAGUUUAUCGAAAGUACAAAUACACGAGAAAGCCGUGCUUAGAAAGACUUCAAAUAAACUCAACUCCAUUUCUCCAAAAAGACACUCAGAGCCGGUCCCUCUGUAGGUAGGACAUUACGUACUGUUCCAAACGGUGUCGGUCUUAGAGAAAGUUGACUGUACCAGGAAAACUUUGGUGCGAAGACAUUAACUCAUUUAAUUUCCGAAUGUUCUUUCUUUGAACUCUGGCUGUAGAUUUCUAGAUUAUUUUUGUCAGGAUUGACCGAAUUUAUACUAGAGACGAGUUAUCCGCCUAGACGAAUUAUCCGUCAGACGGAUAAUUCGUCUAAGUAUAAACACAAAGGCGAAUUUUGCUGAACAAUUUGUCUAGAUAUUUUAAGCGAGAAACAGGAGACAUUGCGAAAAUAUAGAAACCAGUCCCUCUCAUGUGGAAACUUCGUCAAGAAACCGUCUACGUUCCGUCUAGAUAUAAAUUUAGAGACGGAUAAUCCGUCUAAGACGAAUUAUCCGUCUGUUAGCACGUCAUCAAGACGUGCUAACAGACGAAUCAGCCUCAGACGAAUUUUGCUCCAUAAUUCGUCUUAGCACCGAAUUUAUACUAGAAACGGAUUAUCCGUCUCUAGUAUAAAUUCACACUUUUCUUGUGCCGAAUCUAAUGAAUGAAUAUGAUUUUCUCUUUAAUUCGUAUUUACAGGGAAAUUUUCGGAAGACGUUUUGAGGACACUGGUCCUGGUUCUUAACCACUUGUUUGCCCGAUCCUUCCUCCAUGCUUCUUUUAAGCGAAGGCUUCCCUGUUGGUCAACUUCAAAGGUAUGAAUUCCUUUUAUAUGGGCAUUGUUGGCCUCGAUAGCAACACCACCCAAUAUGGCUGUCUUUGUAACUACCUCAGUUACUGAAAUGAUUUUUCCACCUUGCAAGUUUCUCAUUUUUAGCAAGUAUUUCUUGCCUCAAUUCGUCUGAUAAUGUCUUAUGGUGUUAUGAAAUGCUUGUCAUGUAAAGCAUAUCAGUGGCAAGUGUUAGCUAAGUGUUGCCGAGUAUCUCCUAAUUAGAAACGGAUAGUCAUGAAAUUAACUGUGCACCAAAAAAUGAAAGGACGUCGACGAUCGCGAGGUACUUCUUUUUCUAAAGAAGUAGUAUUGAAGGGUUGUUAAGGCUCCUUUUGAGAAAGGAGUCUCGUUAGUUUAACAAAGAUUAACUGAAUAUAAACGUCCAUUAUGUAUGCCAAAUAGAAUAUCACUGAAGAUCUUUAAACGGCGUAACUAUUCCAAAUUUUACUUCUCGCUGCGUUCAUUAAUUAUUCACAAAUCGAUAAAUUGAUUAUCAUUAUGGGCGCGCAAACAGAGCAUAUUAAUGAGGAUAAAGAUAAAUUAGUUUUAUUAACACUUAACACAACAGUUUUUUGUUUUAAUUUCUAAUGUUGACCGUGUUCUAUUUCUCCAUGUUAGGUGAUUCCGCCUCAUAUUAAUGAGCUUCCGCUCAGAAGGGGCCUUAAACACCAUUACUAUACCUCUGUCCGAGGACUGAAUGUAACUUUUUAAGCCAUAUGCGACACGACACUAAAUUAGCCCUACUUCCUGACGGACCGAUGUCGAAACGAUGCACAACAAUAUCUUGAACUCACUGAAAGAUUUUUCAUUUAGCGUGUGAGUUUGAUCUGCUAAACAACAGUAAGAUGUAAUGUUAAGUAUUAGGAAGAGAUAAUAAUAGGUCCUAUUAGGAAGAACCUCUUAAAUUUUAUUACGAUAUGAUUUCUUAACAUCACCUCGAGCUGAUGUAGCAAUGUUUGAAAGUGAAUUUCAGACACCCAAAAGAGUAUAUGCUAAACGUUUAUUGCCUAACUUCUAUAGGUUAUAUUGGAAGAUCUUCCGAAAGAGUUUGCUGAAGCCCUUCAAAGUUACAACGCUCAAGUGACAAAAGUUUUCAGUCAAUAUUUGACUACUGUGGCGACAGAACAAGAAAGGCAACGAGGAGAGGAAAACAAACUUCCCUUGUCAGGAAUAGGUAAGAAGAGGCUCUUGUUGUAAAGAUCAAUCGAUUUUGCAAUGCUCUGAAUUGGUUGUUUGGGGACGUUCAUUCAUCUAGAACAACACCAACUACAACUAAAAACGGAAAUAUAAAAAGUGAAGUGUGCAAUGAAUACUGGAAGAUCCACAUCCAGCCAUCCUGCCAAUCGGUGCGGGCCCAAGAAAAAAGAAUAAACACAACUGAAUUUAGAAGAACUAAUUUAUGACAACCAUAAGCACUCUAGGACAGUGGUUAGACCUGCUCUUGAAAGUCCAACGUUGACCAUUUGUUUAAGGCAGAAAACAUAUGAAUGUCAAUUAAAACCACUCAGUACAGUUGACUAUUAUCGUUAAAAGAUAUAACUGGGGCUUUUUUAUUGUGUUACCGGCACAAUAUACUUAGGCAGAUUUAGCCUGGGAAAUCUUAACUUGAAAAGACGUAUUUUAUUGUCUAGUGUCUCGGUCGCUAUAAAGUCGCGGCAUCGCAAUUUACCUUUCAGUAAAUAGGGAAAAUGAUAAUAAACUUUAUUAUUGUUAUCUGUUAUUAAUACUAAAUAAUAAUCAGCAUACGAAAAUGUUUAUUAAAUAGGAAGAAAUUAACAGCAAUAUUUUGCAAUUCAUCUUGUACUCUUAAACCACAAUGCAAUGCUUCCAUUUCCAUGUCAAACGCUAUAAGUUUUAGCCCAAAAUUAGAUGGAGGUCAGGAUUUCAACUUUGGAUCAAUCCAUUAGCAUUUUUUAAAUUUGUUUUAGCUUUUCUCUGGCUUAGAAUUCAACAUAUCCUAUUCCACCAGACAUUUUAGCACAAAAUCAGAUUUAAGUCAGGGUUUGAACUUUCGACUCAACCAUUAGCAUGUAUAUAUAUAUUUUUUGUUUUAACUUUAGCACUUAACAUUUGCUAUUAUUUUUGCAACGCAAAUUCUUUUGGAAUUGCUUAAGACAGAAACAUCGCACAAACUGGACUAAAAGACUAGCCUGAGAAAACAGCCGACAUUUUUCACCACGCUACCACUGGUUUCCCCGUGAAAUGAAACCAGUGGUGGCGUCGUGAAAUGUUGGCCGUUUUCUCAGGCUACUUAAAGACCAGACCUCGGUUGUUCAAAGGCUGGAUAGCGCUGUCUGGAUAAAUCUCUGUCGGUGGAUAGUGCAAUUAGUUUCCCCAAUACUUAUCCGCUGGAUAGUGAUUUAUCCGGUGGAUAGCACUAUCCGUCGUUUGAACAACUGGGGCCUGACUGUUUUAUAUGUGCCAUUCCGUCAGUUAUGAAAUUGAGACAAUAUGAAUCCGAUUUCUCGUUGCAGAGUUUCGUGAUCAAAAGAGCGUGAAGCCAAUUGAUGAGUUUGACAUCAUCAAAUCGUUGAGACUCUCUUCCAUUAAGUACUCCGCCUGUUCGUCUUUUGCUGCAUUAUCAGGAAAUUCAGACUUGAAAUUACACUCCACUUUUCAAGACAAGGAAGUUGAAAAUGAGCUUGAAGAAGAAACUGAAAUGGAAAAAGGGAAUGCAGAGGUCGUCAAGAACUCUGCAGCAAAGGGUCCCAGUGAAAAGGUCGAAGAAAAAGAAGACAAUGAUAAACGUGAACUAGAAGAUGAAGUAGACGAUAUCGAACCUAUCAAUCAUUUUCUAAAGGUAAAAACUCACCUACUACGUUUCAUUUUUUAUUUCUUUUACAACUCAGGUCAUUGCGUUUGUUCACGAAAUGUUGAUACUGUUCCACCAACUCGCACACCUUUGUUAUACCCAUAUAAGCGCAGAGCAUCUACUUUCUCUUUUACGUGCAUGGUAAAACGUGGAAUCUAUUCAUAUUUGCUAAGGGCAUUUUAUGGUCUCAAUUACCCUCAACAAAUAUUGUGCAAAUAUUGCGACAAUCACGAAAACCACCCUGCAGUUGUUUUAUAAUACUGAUAUCUGUUGUGGUUCAGUUUUAUCCUCGGUGUAAAGUUUAUUUUCCUUUGUUUUAAACUUAUUAUCAUACAUUACCAUACCCCAAAGCAAAGGGAAAAAAAAUUUAAACCAAGAAUAAAAUUGAACCACAACAUAUACAUAAUUGACCGUGCAGAUUGUUCGCCAAGAUGUCUACACAGACAUGAACGUGGUUCCUGUUCUCCCCCUGAGGAAACGUGACUCGUUCGGGCGUGUACAGCACCUGAAUGCUUACGCUUUGGAUUUCUUCAAGCAUGGAUCUACUAAAUGCCUUGAGGAGGAAAACGGGUAUGUAACAAAAGUGUUAAAGGGUAUAUGAAACACUUGAAAUUGCGCUGGUACUUAACUACUUUUAGGUGUUGGGUUGUCCACGUUCUACAUGCAUUUCUGUUUUAUCGCGGCUACUGUAUAACCGAUUUAACGGGUUUUAUUUAAGUUGGUAUGUCUGGGUCCAAGAGGAAACGGUUUAUUUCGAUUGUUUGACUGACUUCCUUUGCCAAAGCAAGCUGGUUGGCUACCAAGAUAACAGAAAGGAUAUAUAAGGGCAAUUGUGUGUUUUAAGUUGUUAUUUUCUUUCAUCGCAAAAACGGGAGAAAACAUUUCUACUAUACUACUUACGUCUAUUUUAACGUUUUGUUCAUUUUGACUCUACUCCCAUAGUUACCUUGUUUCUUGUACGAUUUUAUUUUAAACACCAUUUUGCAAACUCGACCCAACCUAAAUUCGAACUGAUCGCAUGUCACUUCUAUAAGGGGGUUACUCUUAGAGCUAUUAUUUAGUUUAUCUGAUGUUUCUCUCACAGAGUCAGGCCCGGUGACGUUUUUCAUAAAUUAAAGGACUUUUAUCUGACCAUUAAAUCAAUCAGGUAAGACUUAAAAUGCUUCGUUUUUUAUCCAUGUCGCCAAUCUUUCGUACUAGAUAGAGAGAUUUAGAGUCACGUCUACGGCAAACCGUAGACGGCAGAUUCAAGCUGAGGAUUUCUCAAAAUAGAAAACGAGCAGAUAAAAAAGGCCAAAACAAUUCUUAUGAAUAAAACUAACAUGAAACUACUAAUUUUUUGCUAUAAGUAAUGAACAGCAAAGGACAAUUAAAGGCAAUUGGUCACGUGGUACAAAACCACGUUUGCCCUUUUUUUCCGUAAAACGUGACUCUUGAAUCUCUCUAUUAUUUUAAGUAUUCUUUUCCUAAUCGUCAAGUCACUGAAUGGAAUUCUUCUCUCUUGCCUGUUAUCUGUGAAUCUAACCUUAAAUCUUUCAAAGUCUUUCUUUUGAGUUAUUUACGCUCAAAAUGGUAUCAAUAGGCAUACCCUCUAUGUAUUAUACUUUUAUCAAUUCUCUUUUAUUAUAUUUAUUAUUUCUUAUCUUAUCUUGUGAAAAGUCUCAUCUUAUUACAUUUGUAUUUCAAGGUUUUUUCUUAAAUGUGUGCCUCUACAAGACAGUUUACAUUUAUGUAAGGAGCGAGAGUAGCCCCAGCCUAUGGAAAUUCAGUUUCCUGCUACUGCUAUCCUGCCAUCUUUUGCCGUAUUUGGAUUUUUGUAUGGAUAGUAAAGUAUCAUUAAAUUAUAAACUAUAGGUGUAUAAGUAGCUAUGUUAAUUGAUGGUGGGCGUAUUGAAAUGAAGGUAUUUUUUCUAAUACACUGCUUCCACGCGUAGCGAACGUCGACUCUUAGCUUACCUUAAAAAACGAAGAUUGAAAUCGUCUUUUUUGUUUAUUUGCUUUCAGUUGUUCUUUGGAGGAGUUAGGGCCUGAAACCGACAAUGUGGUGCUGGCGUUUAAACAGUUGGCCGAGGAGUUUGGAGAGAAAUUCAGGAAGCGGUUUGAUCGUGAUAUUUAAAUCCCACAGUGCAAAAAUACUGUAAUACUGUAAGCGUAUAAACAGGAAGAGUACAAUUACAGUGGGAAUACAUGAAAAAAAGGAACAUAUAAUAUUCGGCAAAUAUAUAAAAUGAGGUUAAUAUAUAAAAAAUAAUAUAUGGCAGUGGUGAGGC